GGCACUUACUCUUCGUCCGUUUGGAUAGAAAACUCUUACUCAGAGGCUCUAAUCUGCACGUUUUUUGGAAACUCUCCUGCUCGCCUUUUCCACUUCUUCCCUCCAGUCUGACUAGUUCUUUUUCCUCCUGUGUCAGUUUAAAUCUUUGCCUUUCUUCUCACUGUUGCGCGGUUAAGUUUUCAUCACCGAGGACAGAGUGGGCAGCACUGCAGCAUGGAGCCUUACACGGUCCCCGGAGCUCAGCUCUCCCUGUCCGACCUUUACUCCGUCAUCCCCUUCAAUGUCACCCUCCCGGCUGAUGAGAGCGACUUAAUGAGCGACAGGCUGCAGAACUACACCGAGCAGCAGAAUCCGGCGAGGAGCGCCGGGGGUAUAAUCAUAGCCAUAUCCAUCACGGCGCUCUACUCCGUUAUUUGCGUGGUGGGACUUCUCGGCAACGUCCUUGUCAUGUACGGAGUGGUCAGAUACACCAAGAUGAACACUGCCACAAAUAUCUACAUCUUCAAUCUAGCUCUUGCCGAUGCCUUGGCCACCAGCACGCUGCCCUUCCAGAGCGCCAAAUACCUCAUGAACACCUGGCCAUUUGGGGAUGUCCUCUGCAAGCUCAUUAUUGCCAUCGACUACUACAACAUGUUCACAAGUAUCUUCACCCUCACAAUGAUGAGUGUAGAUCGCUACAUCGCCGUGUGCCACCCAGUCAGGGCGCUGGAGUUUCGGACGCCUGUCAAGGCCAAGUUGAUCAACAUACUCAUCUGGGUCCUGUCCUCGGCAAUUGGUGUGCCUGUCAUGAUCAUGGCUGUGACCAAAGUGGCAGACAAUGGUAAAACCACUUGCAUGUUAAAGUUUCCUGAGCCUGACUGGUAUUGGGACACGGUGACAAAGAUCUGCGUCUUCAUCUUUGCUUUUGUGGGGCCUGUGAUGGUCAUCACCAUAUGCUAUGGUCUGAUGAUCCUGCGUCUGAGGAGUGUUCGUCUGCUCUCAGGCUCCAAGGAGAAAGACCGCAACAUGCGCCGCAUUACCCGCAUGGUCCUGGUGGUGGUGGCGGCCUUUAUCAUCUGCUGGACCCCCAUUCACAUAUUCAUCAUUGUGAAGACCAUGAUAGAAAUUGACAGCAGGAAUCCCUUUGUGAUAGCUAGCUGGCAUCUGUGCAUCGCUUUGGGGUAUACCAACAGUAGCCUCAAUCCUGUCCUCUAUGCAUUUUUGGAUGAAAAUUUCAAGCGAUGCUUCAGGGAUUUCUGCCUCCCCUGUCGGACCCGUGUGGAGCAAAACAGUCUGACCAGAGGCCACAACACCACCAGGGAGCCAGUGUCCAUCUGUGCUCCAACAGAAGCAGGAAAGAAGCCGGCAUGACUAGGCAUGGACCGGGUCCCCCAUUGCUCUCGUUCAAGGAGGAUCCAACAAGAUCUCCAAUCAGAAGUCACCCAGAUCUCCACAACAGAGUUUUAAGAGAUAUUUUCAAAGGAAGAGUUGACAUAGGCAAAUCUUGUUUUAUUCUCUCUAAUUUGGCUGUCAAACGAGACAUUCAAAUGAAUAAUUAAAGGUAAUGGAAAACAAGUUCCACUUUCUAUUAAAGUUCUUACUGUCCCCCCUCAAAGUGAUGCCUUACAGAGGCACUGAGAGUAGAAUGAUAUUGAUGGCCUAAAAUGUUUUAUCAAGAUAAUGAAACAGUUCAUAAUUUAGGGAUCGAAAGCUGAACUUUCUGAUGACGCAAAAAGGGCAAAGAAAUCCCUGAAGGAGUCUGUCUCAAAAAAUGUCAUUCAUAUGGCAUUUAUCUUGGUACUAUAAUCGAGCAGAGAAUGACUGAUGUACAAAAAGCCAAAAGUUUAAAACAAUGGCCUUUUCAAAUCCGACUUUGCCAUUUCAUCAGAGACAUCUGAUGUGGAUUAAAAAACUGAAAAGUAAGAAUUUUGGAGAUUAACUCUUUCCAUUUGUACAUUUAACAUCAUCUCAUAAUAAGUGAGCCUUACAGAGGAGAAUCACACAACUCUUGCCCACCGACAGCUGGAUGAUGAAUUACAGUGUAGUUUGUUGCACAAUGGCAGCAACUCUCUACAUGGAGAAGCAGGGAAUUCUUGUUUGGUAUUCCGUGUGAUUCAACCACCCUUUGGGUAUUUUUUUGUAUUUUUCUUUGUUUUAAAAAGAGACACGUGGUGUGUGCUGAAAGACAAUUUUGGACUCAGUGGAUUUGAAAAAGGUCUGUCAUAACAGAUGUAGAAUCAGAAUGGAGCCCACUCUAUGGGGUUUGUGCUUAGAAAAAGACAGAAUAGCAUCAAACCACUUGUGUUUGGAUUUCCGUGGGCUUCUUCUCUGCUUACCUACUUGACUUUCUGUAGUGGUGUCAAGCGCACAGAAAGCCUCUGAGCAGAAUCACUAAAGGAGGAUAAACCUGCCAGUGGAAGAACACUGUCGGCAGCCACAACACUUCACUCAUUGUAUUGGUCUAUUGUUCUGACUGAGACUGGCUUUAUCUCAUUUUCUAGACUUCCAUCCUGAUGUCAAACUAACUGCUCCAAGGGUUAUUAAGAUUAUUGAUCAUUUUUAAAUUAGAAAACUGUUACACUGAAUAUCUGUAGCACAUUUAAGACAAGUAAGAUGGCAUUAGCCAGAGCUAAAUCAUUCGUGGUGAUUUAUGUGCUAUGACGGGACUCGACAUGAAUCAAACUCCGUCAGUGUGAAGGUAAUGAUCAUUUCAGCUUUGCAUACACAAAGAGUUGUGUUAGAGAUAAUAAUCUGAGUUUAUAUGAAUUUGCUCUCAUGUGGAAAUAUUUCCGAGACAGUCACGGUCACACUGGUGAGUGCUGAAAUGCAUAGUUGACUAAAUGAGGUUAAUGUAGCAGUAAAAACACAUCGGAGCAGACUGUGAAUGAAAAGAUAGUAGAAAAUGAAUCAAAAAUGUAAAUUUGUACAUAAUGUUUAGCUUUUACAUUACAACACAUUUGGCUUCAGUCACAGAUAAAAUGACCACAAGGUACGUCUGUGGUUCUGUAUUUUUCCUUUACGCUUUGCUUAUAUUGACAUUUGAUAAUUCUUGAUAUUUCAUCACCUUGCUUUUGAUCUAUGUGGCUCUAAAAUAUUUAAGAAAAAAAAGCAAAAAAGAAAGAGAAGCAAAAUAAGUGUUUACAGUUUGUUUGGAUAUGAGUUUGUGUUCCGUUUACAGAUUCAGCAAUUUCCCUUUGGACUGGCUGUGGACUUCCCCACAGAGAUAUGGUCAGAAGAGAAAAACAAACAUACAAACAAAAAAUCUGUUUGCAGCAGGAUAUUGAUACUUUUUGUAGUGUAUGUUUUCUUACAGUGAUAAUGUGUGAUAUAAAGUGUAAUGUGGUGUAUAUACCUGCUCUGCUUAGCUCUAAGUGCCAAAUCUGUCAGGUGUGCAGAAUACAUCUGAGCUGCUGUUAUCUUUGCAAAAUCAAACGAUAUCUGGCUGGAAUGUACAGACGUAGCUAUCCCAAAGGAUGACAAGAGUGUGUAAAUUUCUUUUUUGACUAAAUUAGCAAUUACUACAAAAAGCAAAGCAUGAAUCAUGUGAAUUCAGGGUAUGAAUAAGUAAAAUGUAUGUGCAUGAUUUACACUGUACAACCAGGAUUAGCCCUGCUUAUGAGGCUUUGUCAUUCUUUUACACUCAGAUACUUUCCAUAGCUCGAUACAGAGAGCUACAAAAGGAAUUGUAUUUUCUCUGUGUGAGUCCAAACCUGAAAAAUAAGUAAUAUACUACCACCAUCUUUAUUUGUCCAUUCUAGUCAUCUAAUAUUGCUUCAAUGGAUGUGGAGGCUUAAAGCUUUACCAGGGAGAUGGUGCUCAGGCAGUUGAGCUGAACAUCUGACCACUUUGAUAAACGAUGAAGGCAUAGAGCCAGGCUUUUUUUGUCUUAGCUGGCCUGAAAAAAUACCUUUAAAAGCUUAAAAUACCGGCUAUCACAAAAGCGGCUAUCAACUUUCUUUGAUAAGCCAACCUUCAGGGUCUGUGCACACUCUCAUAAAAAGGGGCGUGUCAAGGGCAUACCAGUAGAAUUGUGGAAUGACAGAGACUGGGAGCAUAUAGUACACAUAAGCAUACACAGUCGCAAAAAAUGACGUGGUAUUCGCAGAGACCUGUGUCUACUGAGCAAAUUUGGGGUCAUUCGCUCAACCAACAGUCACUGCAGUGCAUGGCGCUUUCUAUGUGAAAGGGCCAUCACAGAACAUGUGACUGUUUUUCUGCACAAAGUCCCAACUUACUCCAGUAAGAGACAUUAUUAAAUAAUGAUGAUAAAAUGGUGAUAAAACUCCUUAAUUAGUAUACAAAAUAUAACAGCACAAUGCAACCCAAGUCCAAAUAUAACUCAAGUUCUAAUGCAGCUGAAAAUUAUUAAAAUUAUUAAAAAUAUUGGGGUUUAGCUCAAGAGUAGUAGCGUAUUUGUUAAUUAUGUUUACACUGCAGGUAAUUUCUAAUGUCACAACUGCACAUUAGAGCUCUUUAAAAUCGAUACAUCUGAACAUUAAAUGUUACUGUUCCAUAGCCUACUAUAAGUAGACAUGGAAAUUACUUUGGUUUAGUUCACAGUAUUUACUUUUGUUGAUUUAAUAGGUCAUCUUAGUUAUAACAAAAGCUCUUUUUAAUGUUCUAAUCUGUGUUUUAGUAGCUACAACUCCAGCAGUGUAAAAGUCAAAUAAAACAGCAGCAGAUUAGAGCCAAGGAUAAAAACCUUUGUAGAGUUUUUGCAUCACCAACUGACAAUACGACACAGUUUGUAUCUUGAAUAGAAUAGAAUUGUCAUUGUACAUGUACAAUGGCACUGUGGGUGCUCCACAUCAACUGUGCAGGACAUAUAAGUAGUGACACAACAGGAAUAAAUAACAAACAAGAAGAAUAUGUGCAAAAUAAGAGGAACAGCAGGGUUUCAUUCAGGGGUUUUAGCUGCAUAUAUACAAGAAGUUACAAAUAUAAACCAUAUUGCUACAGCUGGAAUCGUAUAGCUAUAUAACACUAGCAAUAUGCUGUGAAUAAUAGGAACAUUGUAACACAGAAAACACUGACCUCAAGCUCCACACGGUUUGCUAACCCAUUAAUCUCUUUGCCAUUAGCCCUGUAAACCAAUCAACUUAGUCUAUUUUAGGUGCAAAGCAAUAUUUAUUAUUUGUUGCCUUUCAGAAUAAAUACUACUUUUAUUUUUGGAAGAUUAAGUCAGAAACAUUAAAUCCUUAUUUUGGCACAAAAAGAAACAUUUCUGUCCUAAACCACGCCUCCUGGAGCUUCAGGACUCCAAAACUUGAACAUGAUAGGUCGUGCCGGGCUAUGAUUCCAGAAAAUUAUGAGUCUUUUUUGUAAUGGAAGGCACUGAAACAAUAUCCUGUUAAUAGUCAAAAGGAAGCCUAAAUUCUCCAGAGAGGAAUUACACAGAAGUGUGUCCUGUGUUAGAUGAAAUAGGGUUGGCUACACAGCUUCUUUGGUAUGUGGAAUUUGGUAUUCCCAAAUGUAAAUUUUAAUACAGAAAAGCUGUGUGGCCAAAGAUGUAAUUUCAAAGAUGACAAAAGGGUAAGCGAUCCCUGCCUCUAAGUUAUUCUCAUAUAACCUGCUGGGCUACUGAUUAAAAUCAGCAAAAAAGACUACACUAAGAGUAUUUUUACAUUGAUUAAUCAACUUUCAGAACUUUAACCACAGAAAACAGACUUGUCAGACUUUUAUGUUCAGUGCACUGUCUUUGAUCCAUUGGUUUACUUUGGUAUUAUACGGAAACUGCGUGGAAAUGCCCAUUACAUAUGGAUAUUUCCACAUCUCCAACAUUUUUUUUUUUUUAAAGUUUGAUUCUCGAACAAAAUUCCCUUGCAAAUACAAAUUUUAGUAAUCAUUAAGUUACAUACAGUGUUGUGACACAUGAAACUAAAGCAAACUGAGAAUGUGACGCAGUGUGCUUUCACUGUUGGAAUAUGAAAUUAACAUAAUACAUGCAAUCUAAAUCACCAUUUAAUCUUCAGUCUUUUGUAAAAUUAUAUUGCUGUUAAUGAUCGCAGUAUGUGUGAUAAAGUCCAUGCAAAGAUUCGCUCAGAUUGGCACCGUGUUAAGGAGAUACAGACAUAUAUACAUAAAUAUACUAUGAUGAUCACGGCUAUGCAGCAAUCUAAAGCUUUUAAGCUUCACGGAUAUUUCUGUGACUUUCGGUAGUACGAUCUAUGUUGUCAUAGUAAUUUAUCAUGAGCAAUUUAAUAAUUCCAGCUUAACUGGUUAAAUUGCAAUGAUCAGUUCAAUUCACCAAAUCACAACAACAGUAGCCUAAAGGCGCUUUAUAUUGUACAAACAAUAAACAACGUCGUUUGAGCAAGCAUUUGGCAACAGUGGGAAAGAAAAACUCCCUUUUACCAGGAAGAAACCUCUGGCAGAAGCAGGAUGA